UCACGAGCUCACCCAUUAGGCUCUUCUCUUCUCUUCUCUUCUCUUCGUCCGACUCCAACGGCCGACCGACGUUCGUUACGGGCUUAACGGCCACCGCCGCCGAAAGGCCGAGCGAGCCCAUUUUUGCCCACAACCCUAAACCCCUUUCACUCGCCGCCUCUCGCUGUGGACGAGUCCCGUCCGUCCACCUCGGAACGCCCUGCCCGGAGCCGGAGCCGGAGGGUCUGGGAGGGGACUAGGGGAGGGAGGGAACCUUCGCUUGGUCCGGCCGGCGUCCCUCGCCCUCAUCCGCCGAGCGCACCCCCAGGCUUCACCGAGGAAAACCUUUGCUCCGUUUCUCUUGGCUUGGCAGUGCUUCACCAUUUGCCAGGUCUUGAACUAGUGAUCCUCUGUCAGACACAGACAAGAAACCAAGCUCUCUAACCAAACACAACGAUGACAAAAGCCUGUAAGAAGAGGAGGGGAGUUUGUGUAAGCAGUGAAUUUGGAGACUUGAGUUUGAGUACAAUCUUUGAGGUUGACGAAAGCAGACUCUCUGAAAUGGAUGGUGUGACAUCAAUUCCUACAUGUGAGCACCAAUCGUCUUAUGAACUGAAGGCUGAAAGUAUGAAUACUAGGAAGAUAAGGUGGUGCACAAAAAUCUUAAGGAAGCUCAUGGAUCACAAAGGUGGUUGGAUUUUCAAUCAACCUGUUGAUCCAGUGCUGUAUGGGCUUCCUGAUUACUUUGAUGUUAUCCGUAGCCCGAUGGAUUUAGGUACUGUUAAGAAGAGACUCACUAACAAGCAAUAUGUGAGCACUGAUGAGUUUGCGGCAGAUGUGAGGCUAACAUUUUCAAAUGCCAUGAAGUAUAAUCCUCCAGGGAAUGAUGUCCAUGCUAUCGCUCAACAACUGAAUGGAAUAUUUGAUUCAAAAUGGGAAUCAGUGAAAAAGAAAUUUAGAGGACCAAGCCCAGUUCAACAGCAGAAGACAAUAUUCACAAAAGCCUGUAAGAAGAGGAGGGAAGUUUGUGUAAGUAGUGAUUUGGGAGACUCGAGUACAGUCUUUGAGGCUGAGGAAAGCAGACUCUCUAAAAAGGAUGGUGUGACACCAAUUCCUACAUGUGAGCACCAAUCAUCUUAUGAACUCAAGGCUGAAAGUAUGAAUGCUAGUAAGAUAAGGCUGUGUGGAAGUGUCGUAAGGAAGCUCAUUGCUUACAAAGGUGGCUGGAUUUUCAAAGAUCCUGUUGAUCCAGUUCGUCUUGGGAUUCCUGACUACUUUGAUGUUAUCCGCAACCCAAUGGAUUUGGGUACUGUUAAGAAUAAACUCACAAAAAAGAAAUAUGUAAGCAUUGAGGAGUUUGCAGCAGAUGUGAGGCUAACAUUUUCAAAUGCUAUGAAGUAUAAUCCUCCAGGCAAUGAUGUCCAUACUGUCGCUAAAGAACUGAAUCGAGUAUUUGAUUUAUUAUGGGAAUCAAUGGAAAGGAAAUUUAUAGGCCCAAGCCCAGUUCAAGAGCAGAAGACAAUAUUCACAGAAGUUCAAGCUCUAAUGGAUUCAAAGUCUACAAUUGGGUGCUCAAAUUCAAAACCUUCGGUUAUUAGAAGGCCAGUUGCUUGCUCAAAUUCGAUUGCAAAUAAGCCAUUGACAGAUGUGUUAUCCUUUAAAGUAAAAAUCGUAUCUUUCGUGGGCAGCGAUAAGCAGAUUUCUUCCAAAGGAAUCCAGAAGGAUGAGGUUUCUUCCCAGGUGGAGUACACUAAGAGGUCCUGAAGUCGGUGGUCCUGCAUUUUCAUUAGCAAGGUCAGAAGGAAGGAGACAACGGCCUCGCGAUCAAGUCAAGCAUCCUGCAGUGCGUCUGAAAGGUGUGUAGUUUGGAAAUAGCCAUUGAGCUGUAAUAGCUGGUCUGGGCUUGUAAUAAGUCGUAGUCAUCUUAGCCAGGGUGGUGAGAAAUAAAUAGACUUGGUCAUGGCCUCAUGGGUGUUGUAUCCCUUGGCUGUGCUGGGGUUUGGUGGUUUUGGGUGCUUUUUGUCUAAAGCCCUGGGAGGUCAGUACUAUGGAUUGUUAAACUUUUGUGACUUUGUUGCUCUUCGGUUCGUCCAUGGUAAAAAAAAUAAAGGACAUGGAUAGCUGUAGCAGCAAGUAUUUGCAUCGUGACCAGUUUCUUUUAUUUGUC